ACCAUAAUUGUAGGCAUGAGGCUGGAGAAUAGUAGCAAGCCACAGACAAAAAUUUUGGAAAAGGGCAUAAUCCAAGUGGUGGAAGGAAGCAUGAUCUAUCUUCGGGUCUAUGGUAAGGGUAUUCACAAAUACAUCUGGCAGAGGAUUCGAUUUGUGGAGAUUUCUUCCUUGGGCACCAUUAUCAGGAACUCUUCAGACUGUCCCCAAAGAACAAGUGACUUAUUGAUACACCCAUACAGUCAUGAUGUACGAGAUACUUCUGCAAUACUCUUUGUGACUGUUCAGACCCUGCGGAAGAGGAUCCAUUUCAAGGACUACAUGAUGUGCCUUGAGGAUGAUCGUGGGCAACCGCGCCAGCGGCUCAGUGAUAGUGAUCUGCUCCUCCGAGUGAUAGAGAGUACGGAUACAAACCUACCCUUCUGGUUUGAAAUUAUCUUAAUGGUUUUUCUCCUGGCACUCUCCGGCAUGCUUAGUGGCCUCAAUCUGGGCCUAAUGGCCCUUGAUCCUAUGGGACUGCGCAUUGUGCAGAAUUGUGGCACACCUAAGGAGAGGAAAUAUGCCACCAAGAUUGAACCCAUCCGGAGGAAGGGGAAUUAUUUGCUCUGCUCUUUGCUGCUUGGUAAUGUUUUAGUCAAUACUUCUCUUACCAUAUUGUUUGACCAAAUAAUUGGGGCAAGCCUUGGGACUAUUGUGGUCUCUACUUUUGGUAUUGUCCUCUUUGGGGAGAUUAUCCCACAGGCUAUCUGCUCCCGUCAUGGCUUGGCAAUAGGUGCCAACACCAUCUUCAUCACCAGGUUGAUCAUGUUAGUGACAUUCCCAGUCUCUUACCCUAUCAGUCAGAUCUUGGACUACCUGCUUGGGAAAGAAAUGGGCACUAUAUACAACCGAGAGAAACUGAUGGAGAUGCUCAGGUUGACUCAGCCUUAUAACGACUUGAUGAAAGAAGAGCUGAAUAUCAUCGAAGGAGCCCUGGAGCUGAGGACUAAGACAGUGGAAGAUGUCAUGACCCCAUUAAAGGACUGCUUCUUUAUCAACUGUGAUGCCAUCCUGGACUUUGAUACGAUGACAGAGAUCCUGGAGAGUGGCUACACACGCAUCCCCAUCUAUGAGAGGGAAAAGACUAACAUCGUUGACAUGUUAUAUGUCAAAGAUCUUGCCUUUGUUGACCCAGAUGACUGCACCCCACUCAAGACAAUCACAAAGUUUUAUAACCACCCAAUCCAUUAUGUUUCCCACAGUACCAGACUGGAUGCUGUGCUUGAAGAGUUCAAAAAAGGUAAGUCUCACCUGGCCAUUGUCCACAAGAUGUAUGAAGUUGACUGUGACCAAAUCUUUGAAGUGGUGGGCAUAGUAACCUUGGAAGACGUCAUUGAAGAAAUCAUCAAGUCUGAAAUUGUGGAUGAAUCUGAUGUUUACACUGACAAUCACUCUAAAAGAAGAGGCACUGGGAUAAGGAAGUGGGAUUUCUCUGCUUUCAGGGAUUAUGAAACCGAAGCAAAGAUCUCCAAGCAGCUACUCUUGGCUGCCCAUCGCUUCCUCUCCACAGAGGUCUUGCAAUUUUGCCCCACCAUCAUCUCUGAAAAAUACUUACUGCGUCUGCUGAAGCACCAUGAUGUCAUUUGUGAACUGAAAAUUGAUGACAGUUUCAAGGACUCCCCCCACCAUUACUUGUAUCAACGGAAUAAGACAGCGGAUUACUUCAUCCUCAUUUUGCAGGGGAAGGUGGAGGUAGAAGCAUGCAAAGAAAACAUGAAGUUUGAGAAUGGGCCCUUCUCCUACUAUGGGGUCAUGGCUCUAGGGCCAUCCAUCCCAACAGUUUCUGCAAAUGGAGAAAGAGACUGCCCUAUCAACCGGAUAAGCUAUGAAAAGAUGAUUCCUGUCUUCAGCAGCAACAUCAGCACCAACCAGGUUCUCCCCAGCACCAGCCUGCAAUAUAUGGCUGACUUCACUGUCCGAGCCCUCACUGACCUCCUGUUCAUCAAGAUCACACGGAUGCAAUACCAGAACUGUGUGAUGGCCUCCUUAAUAGACUACAAUAACUCAGGUGAAGUUACUGCUAAGACGCCUAACUUCUUGAACCCGCCCCAGAACAACUGUAAAUCCAUUUUGAAGACGGCCAAAGAGCCAUCUGGGUCGGAAUGAGGGUGGUUGCACAUCAUUCAAACAGAUCAUAAGGACCUGAUUCUAAAAUGCCUCCUGCUUGAACCACCAGCAUCUGCCUUCAAGUUGCCAUCUGAGGUCCUUUGAUUACAAGAUACUCACUGAUAAUCCCCAAGAUGACAAAGUCCAUGUCUGGAAGCUAGGAAGCUCUAGUCUGCCUAUCUUUUUCUCCACCACUUGCACCCCAUCUCUUUCUUUCUUCCUUUCUUGGUUGGCUUAGGGACUGCAACUAAUAGGAGCUGUUUUUUCUAAGGUGCCUAUCAAUGGGGGGAGGAGAAAGAUGUUCACUGAGACUGUGGCUGGAAAGGGAAGUGUUAGAACCGCCUCCCUACAUGCUCUGUUUGCAGUGAAAUUUGCUUGCUCCCACUUCUUACUAAGUUAACAAAACAAAGCAUUCUUAUUAAUAAAACACACAUGAGCAUGCUUUCUAAUUAUACAUUUAGUGUUUGAGCCUCAGGAAUUUUUGCAUGAACUCUGUUGAAGUUGUAGUCAUUCAUUCAUUGCAGAAGAUUCUAGAAUAGAGUCAUAGGCUAAAUUCUGCCUAAAAGGAGUGUCAUAAUUUAGAAGAUUUCAGAAUACUGCAGUAGAAAACAUGCUUAUUUCUAUGAGACAGAGAAUGCUUAGUGGAUUAUACCUGGAUAAGUGGAUGAAAUCUCCUGUUUCAAAAAGCUACCGAUUUAACA